AUGGAAAACCAAAGCAUCGCCCCAUAUGAAAUAAAUCCUGAAGAAAAAGGCAUCAUUGAAAAGGAACACUCACUAAAUAACGAAAACAGUGUUCCUUCAGGGGGGAAAAUAAAAGAAGAAAAUGUAGUACAAAAGAGAGAAAACACAGUAAGUACACAAAGCGCUCCAAACAUAUCGAUUAUACCAAGCACACUAAAUACACAUAUCACACCAUCUACACUCAAUUCACUAAAUGCACAAAAUGUACAAAAUGCUCAAAAUGUUCAAAAUGUACAAAAUGAUCAAAAUGUACAAAAUAAUCAAAAUGUACAAAAUGAUCAAAAUGUACAAAAUGCUCAAAAUAUUCAAAAUAUUCAAAACACAGAAAAUAUUGAAAAUGUGCAAAAUGAAAAAAAUGUACAGCACGCUGAAAAUGCGGAAAAUGCACAAGAUGGAAAAAAAAAGGAUACAGGUAAAGCGGAAAAUGAAAAAAGAAGUUUCUUUAACUCAAAACCAAAUGAUGAAGUGUCCAAAGGAUUUCCUUCUCCCCCUGUUUUUCAUUUAACUGAAAUAAUGCACAAUGAAAGAUGUUUCAAAAGAACAAAAGGUCAUAUAUCAGUGGAAAUAAAUGGGGAUAUAUGUAUAUAUGGUGGUAUGUUACAAAAUAAAUGUGUUGAUAAUUUUAUAAGAUAUGUACCAGGAAUUAAUUUAUUUGAAAAGGUACGUUUGAAUUCAAAUGAUAUAAUGCCUAGAGCAUUUCACUCAGGAAAUGUGAUAACAGAAGAUAAUAAAAAUAGCAUUGUUAUAUUUGGUGGUAUAAAUGAAAAAAAUCAAAUUGUUAAUGAAACAUAUAAAUUUGAUUUUCAAGCGAAAAAAUGGGAACAUAUUCAAAAUAAAGUAAAUCCUGUACCAAGAUAUAAACAUGCAUCUUGUAGUUUUAGUGAUACUGUAUAUAUACAUGGAGGAUUAGACCUAAACAAUUCAUUAUUAUCUGAUCUAUGGGUCUUAUCAGGUAAUGUAUGGAGAGAACUUUCACAACUUGAUAUAAUCCCUGAAGCUAGAUGUGCACAUAGCUUAAUUUUCUCCAUAUAUGGAAAUGCAAGACUAAUUUUCUUAUUUGGUGGUAAUAAAAAAGGUUUCAGUGGAGCAUUAGGUGAUACCUGGAUUUUUAAUACUAGCACCAAUAGAUGGCGAGAAGUUACCAAUACCACUGGUCCCAAACCUUGUUCACGAUGGGGCCAUGCUGCACAGCUCUUUGAUAAUGAAUGGAUGAUAAUAUAUGGAGGAAUUACAAAUGGAUGGAUUGAAAAUUAUGCCUUGUCUGAUAUGUACGCACUGAAUAUAUACACAUUCUCAUGGUUUGAAGUUGACAUAAGUACAUCAAAGAAUUUCAGUAGAGGAUAUUUCGGGUCCUUAUGCUUGGUACCGUAUAAAAAAUCUUUGCAUGUUUUUGGCGGGUGUGAUGAAUCAAACGAAUAUUCUGAUGUGUUCAAUAUGUCACCCCUUGUAACUUAUGUGUCAUAUAAAACAUUGACAGGAAAAAUUGAACAACUAAAUUCUCGAAUGAAUAACAUUAAUGAUAAUGCAAAUGAUAAUGAAAAUAUCAGUUUAGUAGAAUUUGAGCUCCAAAUUACUGAUUUAAAAAAAGAAAUUAACAAUAUAAACAAUAUGAUGAGAACAUUCGAAUCGAAAUUUUAUGCACUUGAAAAACUAAAUGAGCAAUGCGAAAAGUUGCUUUCAAAAAAUAUCAACUCGGAAGCUUUGGAGAAAUUAGAGCAGCGUAUAAGAAAAUUGGAGUCAACAAAUGUUUUAAUGAAACAUGACAGCAUAUAG